GCGAGUGGAAAAAUUUCGAUGCAUCGAAGAAAAACAUCGUUAUUUUCGAUACAUCGAGGUUUUUCCGACAUCCCUAACUUGUUUACUGUUUUUUCAUUGCAUCUACAAAACAAACGUGUCUUGGAUCUAUUUACCAAAAUUAAGUUUUUUAUAUUUCGUAAUGUCUGAAGAGCCGCCGAUCAUUCGUUUCAAAAACCCACAAUUCAGCUAUAUUGAGCCCGGUGGCAAGAAACACGUAUUCAAGUCUUUAAAACAAAUACUGGCGGUGGAGAAAACACAACAGUGGCCAGAAGGUGCUAUGUCUUACUCUUCGUUUAACGCUCCGCCUUCAUUGCGACCACCUAAAAAGUACUCGGACAUUUCGGGUCUGAUUGCACCGUACACUGACCCGCACAGCAAGCUGCGGUACGCAAACUCCGAAGAAUAUGCUAUUGUUAAGACUCUGCCAUCCGAUAUUGUUGCUGGUUACUUGGCGUUGCGUGGUGCAAGCAGUAUCGUCGGCUGAAAUUCGUAUAAUUUAAAGAUGGUCGCAUGAGAAAUAGGUUAAAUAGAAAUGAUAAGAUGCAAAUUCAAUUACAAGCACGUUAGCAGUAAGCCAGCAGAAUCAGAAAUUAGUCCCUCAAGUUCAAUAACAUGUUUGAAAGAUCAGAAUGCAACGCAAGUAAGCAUUUACUUCAUUGGAUAAUAUGUAUACAUUAAUAUUACUUUCUCCAGUGGAGACCAGUUAUACUAAGGCCCAUCGGGUAUUUAAUACAAAAUCAUAAUAACCAGGGAACGGAUUUUAUAAAAAUUGCCUUUUUUUCUGCUAAAGAGAUGGA